AGACUUGGGCCGGGGAGUGAGGGAGGGUGGGCGGCGGGACCGACGACCUGGCGGAGUCAGAGACGCCUCCAACUGCGGGAGCUCCCGGCGGUGCGGCUUCCAGGACCGCGUCCACCAGGCGGGGUGGUUGGGCUUCGGGCACUUGGCCGGGCGGCGCGGAUUGGCUUUGGGCUUGGGCUUGGGCUUGGCCAAGCGUUUCACUGGAGCUGCUUUCAGCGUUAACGCUUCUCCGGGGCCGAGCGCUCCGUCCCGAGAGGCUUCUAGACUUGCCGCCGGUCUGGGAACGAGCUUCCACCCGGCUCCCGGGGUUUGGCAAGAAGAGGUGCAAGCUCCUUGGCUCCCACGGUCUCAGCACUGCCUAGCCAGGAAGUAACAGCUAGCAGUCGCCACUAUGUUGACAGGCUAUUUGACCCUGAUCCCCAGAAAGUUCUACAAGGUGUCAUAGACAUGAAAAAUGCUGUCAUUGGAAACAACAAACAGAAAGCCAACCUCAUUGUUUUAGGAGCUGUUCCAAGAUUGUUGUAUUUGCUUCAGCAAGAAACGUCAAGCACUGAGCUAAAAACUGAAUGUGCAGUGGUACUGGGAAGUCUUGCUAUGGGUACUGAAAAUAAUGUCAAGUCUUUAUUGGACUGCCAUAUUAUUCCUGCCUUACUGCAAGGACUACUGUCCCCAGACCUGAAGUUCAUUGAAGCUUGUCUCCGAUGCCUUCGUACUAUCUUUACCAGUCCUGUCACUCCAGAGGAGCUACUGUAUACAGAUGCCACAGUGAUACCGCACCUCAUGGCGCUGCUUAGCAGGUCCCGCUAUACCCAGGAGUAUAUCUGUCAGAUCUUUUCACACUGCUGUAAAGGGCCAGAUCAUCAAACAAUUUUAUUUAACCAUGGUGCAGUUCAGAAUAUUGCUCACCUCCUAACCUCACUAUCCUACAAAGUUCGAAUGCAAGCCCUGAAAUGCUUCUCUGUUUUAGCUUUUGAAAACCCCCAGGUAUCGAUGACCCUGGUAAAUGUUUUGGUUGAUGGAGAAUUGUUACCACAGAUAUUUGUGAAGAUGUUACAGAGGGAUAAGCCUAUUGAAAUGCAGCUCACAUCAGCAAAAUGUUUAACUUACAUGUGUAGAGCUGGAGCAAUUCGGACAGAUGACAACUGCAUUGUAUUAAAGACAUUGCCUUGUUUGGUUCGGAUGUGCAGUAAGGAACGAUUACUAGAGGAGAGAGUUGAAGGAGCUGAAACACUCGCAUAUCUGAUUGAGCCAGAUGUUGAGCUACAGAGAAUUGCUAGCAUUACUGAUCACCUCAUUGCCAUGCUUGCUGACUAUUUCAAGUAUCCCAGCUCAGUGAGUGCCAUCACUGAUAUAAAAAGGCUUGAUCAUGACUUAAAACAUGCUCAUGAACUCCGCCAGGCUGCAUUUAAGCUCUAUGCUUCUCUUGGAGCAAAUGAUGAAGACAUCCGGAAGAAGAUCAUUGAGACUGAAAAUAUGAUGGACCGAAUUGUGACUGGCUUGUCUGAGUCUAGUGUCAAGGUGCGCUUAGCUGCCGUCAGAUGUUUGCACAGUUUAUCCAGAUCUGUGCAGCAACUACGAACCAGUUUCCAGGAUCAUGCUGUGUGGAAACCUUUAAUGAAGGUUUUACAAAAUGCACCAGAUGAAAUCCUAGUAGUAGCAUCAUCCAUGUUAUGUAAUCUGCUUCUUGAAUUUUCUCCAAGCAAAGAGCCAAUUUUAGAAUCAGGAGCCGUAGAGCUGCUUUGUGGAUUAACCCAAAGUGAAAAUCCUGCCUUAAGAGUGAAUGGAAUUUGGGCUUUAAUGAAUAUGGCAUUUCAGGCUGAACAAAAAAUAAAAGCAGAUAUUUUACGAAGCUUGAGUACUGAACAGCUAUUCCGGUUAUUAUCAGAUUCAGAUUUGAAUGUGCUGAUGAAGACAUUGGGACUUCUUAGAAAUCUCCUCUCUACUCGGCCUCAUAUAGAUAAAAUAAUGAGUACACAUGGAAAGCAGAUCAUGCAGGCUGUCACCCUUAUUCUGGAAGGAGAGCAUAACAUUGAGGUUAAAGAGCAGACACUGUGUAUCCUAGCCAACAUAGCAGAUGGAACAACAGCAAAAGAACUUAUUAUGACCAAUGACGACAUUCUGCAGAAAAUCAAGUACUACAUGGGUCACUCACAUGUCAAACUGCAGCUUGCCGCUAUGUUUUGUGUAUCAAACCUCAUAUGGAAUGAAGAGGAAGGUUCACAAGAACGUCAGGAUAAAUUACGAGACAUGGGCAUCGUAGAUAUUCUACACAAACUCAGUCAGUCACCAGAUACAAACCUUUGUGACAAUACCCGCAAAAUACAUCAUACUGUGACUCAGCUGCCAGCUUGUCUGUCUUCUCUGCUGAAGGGAAGCAGUACUUAUAACUGCUCCUCAAAAGAACAGCUAUUCCAGACUGUGGAGCACACAGAGCAGGCUGGUCUUCAGUUUCACUGAAGCUUCCAGUCCUGGCAAAGACGGCACUGCAGCAGUACCUGGCAUGAUGGGAGCAAGCCUGGGCGCAUGUGAGCACCCCACGUCCUUGUUUAAGAAAGUACAGGAACUAGCCUCAUUUGAUUCCUUCUAUUUGCACAAGUCACCUUGGACUGCAGGGAGCUGUUUUGCAAAAGCAAUUUAGUAGGCUUAGAUCUCAUUCAUCUUGAGAACAUUUUUUGAGGUAGUAAUUUCCUCAGAGGACUGUGUUUUGUUUUGGUUUUUUUUCUGAGCUACCUGGACUCUUUAUUAGAACAAUCAAUCAUUUUCCUUUGGACCUACAAUUUUUUGCCUAUGCUGCAGCCACUUUGUGAGUAAGAGUGAAUGAGUGUGUGUAUGUGUGCGUGCGCACGUGGGUGUGUAUACAUGUGAGUCAAAAUGAGUGGAUGUAUGGAUGAGGGAUACCUCAGAUUUUUCUUUUCUUAUCUUGUGUGAAAAUCUCUUUUCUACAGAUUUUCCAGGGUUUAAGCAUUGCUUGCUGUAUAAAAAACUUUACUGAAUUAUAUACAGUUUGAAUGAAAUGUUAUUUUAAAAACAAAACAGUUGUUUAGUGUUCCAUAAAAGUUAUGUUGAAUUUUGGUCAGAUGAAUAUUUGUAAGUAAAAAAAAAUAUAUGCACUUCUGAACCUCAACUUACAUAGAUUUUCUUUAUAAAAACAAAAACAAAAAAAAAGAAAAAGUUGGCUAUAGUUGGCCUGAAUACCAGGCAUUAUACAUGGUGCUGUGCAUAGUAGUAAGCUAGCAUCUUACUGCUAGCAUCUUACUGCCAUCAAUAUUCGCAGGUACAGAGCCUUUUCUCAGCCUCUUUUAAUAAGUCUUCAGGCUUCAAAGUCAGAAGAACAGGGUGGAGUGGAGUGAAAUGAGGUGACAGACUCACCAUAGUUUUUGUAAAACAUCAAAGGAAAAUUAAACUACUGAUAGUGAAAGCCCAGCCAGGACUUCAGCUGGCCACCCCUGAAAGGAACCGGGACCGAGCUGUCCUAAAUCCUGUCAUUGGUGUGGCAGUAUCUGGCAAAGAAUUGGAUGUGGAAUUUUAUGCGCAAACUAAACGUAGGUUGUCACUUCCUGGAAACAAAGUCGGAUCACUUUGUGCUUCCUGAAACAGCAUAUCACUGUGAAACUAGAGUUCUAUGGAUACAUCUGUAGAAAGAAGCAAGAACAGAAGGUAGUUUAGAAAGUUAUCUCUCUCUUAGCUAUCUCAGCAAAUUUUGUACUAACUGCUCAGGAAUGCUAGAUAGUGUGCUUUUGUCAAAUGAGACCCAAGAUCUUUUCCUGCAUGACUCAAGUUGAGAGAAAGGAAUCUUCCCAGGAUGACUGAAGAUGACUUCUUCUUACAGAGAGUACUGCUUAGCCCUCUACAGCCCUUGGCCUGGCAUCUGCUCUUGCUUCUGGCUCAGCUUCUAGCUGGGCUCAACAGCUUGCUCUUGACUAUUUAAAGGCAGAACCAGCUUUCCUUUUCCCUUUGCUAGAAGAGCAGAGGCAUCAAGGCCAGGAUGUAAGGCCUUUGAUCCAGAAGCUUGCGGUGAGUGUGUGCCCCUAAGGGGACCCCACGCCCCCUCACCAGCCAGUCCUGAUGGGUUGUUCACAUUGCAGCCGCUCUGUCACCAUCCCACACCUUCCUCCGAAGACUCAAAUCUGACUGAUCGCAAAUGAUGUUUUUAAAAUGUAUUUGAUGCAGUGUUUCCCAUUCUCAACAUGGCCACCCAAGAUUCAAACAAAGCAGUUUCCAAGUUGUUAUUUUUUCAGAACUUCACAGAUUUUAAAAUCUGACAUAACAGGAACAUGGGUUUUGUGCAGAUAGCAGAGUGCUAAUGUGAGCCAAAGUUUCAAGAAAACCUAACAUAUUGGAAAUAAAGCCUUAGUUAGGCCCACCCAUUAUCAUUUCUAGGAAUGAAAAAAUAUUCUUGGUUGGCAUUUGUAACAUAAAACACUCCAAUGUUGGUAUUUAAAAGUACCAGUUAAAUAUAUGGAAACCAAUAAUGACUGCUGAGACAAUCUUGAACACAAAUAGUAUUAGAAAGCUGAGGACCCAAUGAGGUAACAUGCUCAAACUUCAACUCUGAAUGAAUCUUGCCUGUGACUAAACACAGUGGGCAAAUAAAAAGUGCUUUAUGAUAAUUAACUUGUGAUUUGAGUGAAUGAAGGGAAAUGUAUUUAUUAAAACAGACCUGUUUGCUGCUUGCCACAGGUGCAGUGUUCAGUCAGCAAGGAGGUAGGAAGAAGGGGACGUGAUCUUGUGUCUGCUACCCAGGUUCUUAAUGGCUUCUUGCUCUAAUACUGCAUUUUGUUUCUCCUCUUGUGCCCUGAUUGUAACCCAGAAUUUAUGAACUAGAAAAGAAUGUCCAGUUUAUUAAGUUGCAUUUUUCCUUAAGCACUUUAUUCAGAACAGUACAUGUUCUUCUUUUAGUGUUUGGAUAUGAUUUUAACACAUGCUAAUAAAAGCCAAGAAAAAUCAUGGCAACUUCGAAAAA